UAAUAUAUCCAUAAUCUGGUCAGGCCUUCAAUGUCACAUUUGUUGUGUGUGAAGUAGCAACAUUUCUGACAGCGAAUUAUUUGUAUCUAAACAUGUUAAAUAUGUACAAAUUAAAUAGCGUAUUGGUUAGUUCUGUGAGUAGCGUGUGCCGACAGUUGUCGGGCUCCUUAAAUGCAUUCGGAAGCUCUGCGAAAGUGUUCAUCGGUUGUGAAAGCAUCGGCUUGCAGAGAACACUGUGCACCAGUGCAGUCAGACGUCAGGAGACCGCAGCAUCCACCACCAGCUCUGCGAAGACCUCCAGAGACUCAAGCAUUUUCCCUCCAAUAAUUGGUGAGGAGAGUUCACUAAGAUGGGGUGGAAAAAAGUUUGAGGAGUUACCAAUCGCUCACGUUAAAGCGACAUACAACAACACACACAUCCAGCUGACGGAGAGCACGGGACAGUCGAUGGUCAGGACGUCCUGCGGAACGGAGGGCUUCAAGAACAUCAAGAAGUCGACGCCCAUCGCCGCUCAGACGGCGGGCAUCUCUGCCGCCGCGAAAGCCACAGCGAAGGGAGUGAAGUUUGUGCGCGUUGUGGUCAAAGGUCUCGGUCCUGGACGUCUGUCCGCCAUCAAAGGCUUGACGAUGGGCGGCCUGGAGGUGAUCUCCAUCACAGACAACACGCCCGUGCCGCACAAUGGAUGCCGCCCACGCAAAGCCAGGAGGACAUGAUUUCCCCCCCACCCUCACCCCUGUCCCCCUCCACGACCAGAAUGCACCAGGAGGAAGUGGUUGUGUCGUAAUUUGCUAAUAAACGUUUUUUUUUUUGUUGUGUAACCUUCCCGCCUCCGAGCUUGAAUCUCACAUAACUUGUAAAUUCCCGUAAAUAAUUGCAGAUUGCGUUA